UAUUUUUUCCUGGCAACAUCGAUAACCUCACUUUUUAAUGGCGGAUGCGCUUGCGUGAUGCCGGUUUCGUGUUAUUAUUGCUUAUAAAUUGGCGUCUUUUCGCGUUCUAACGUGCAUCGAUUGAUUUUCGCAGCAAAUAACUUAUCGUGCAAUAAUCAAGAUGGUGGCUCAGAAGCGUGGUCGUGGUGCUAAGGCUCAAGCGGCGAAGGCGAAGGCCGCCACUCCUGCUGCGGAGGAGCAGGUAGUGGACACUGAAGUCACAGAGACUGCUGAAGCCCCUGAGGAGAACAACGGGCAGGCAGAGCCCACCGAGCAGGGAGACGAGGGCGCGGGGGCUGACGGCGCGGAGGGACAGGAGGGCGAGGCCGGCGACGCUAAGGAGGAAGAGAAGAAGGAAGAGAAGGUGGAAUCUGGUAAACUGCUGGUGGAGAACCUCCCUUCGAGCUACCUCUUUGACUACCAAGACAAACUCAAGGAGUUGUUCUCGAAACAUGGAGAAGUCAACAAUGUAAAACGUGGUCCAAUCAUUGUUACUGAACUGACCACAACUCCGACCUUAUCGGCUAUAGUCGAAUUCAAAAACAAAGAGUCUCUGGAAAAGGCGCUGACGGAGGAAGGCACGGUGCUGGAUGGCAGCGCCAUCUCGGUGGCCGUGGAAUCGCGCGCUGAGACCGCCGUGCUGGUGGGCGUGCCCUACGAGGCCAGCACCGAGUACGUGCGCCUGCUCUUCACGCAGUGCGGCGAGGUCGCCCACAUACAUGAGUUCAGCAAGACCAAGUACAAGAUCUUGCGCGUGACAUUCCACGAGAAGGAAGCAGUGGAGAAGGCUCUGAAAUUGGACCGCGAGCUGCGCAUCAACGGGUUUCUCGUCACCGUGUCCAAGUACCGCGACGACGAUGACCAGAAGGCCCACAACGCCAACGCUAACAAGAACAAGCGGCAGCACCCUCAGAACCAGAACCGGAACAACGCGAACAACAGCAACAACGCCAACAACAGCCCCGCCAACCGGAACAACAACUUCCGCCCGCGCGGCGCCGGCGCGUUCAACGCGCGCGGCAACUUCCGCGGCGCGCGCGGAGGUCGCGGUGGAUUUGGUGGCCGCGGCGGCUCGUUCCCGCGCGGCGGGUUCGCGCCUGCGCCCGCCUACAUGCCGCCGCAGGGAUUCAUGGGCCGCCCGAGCUACUUCUAGUUGAACGUACAUGUAGUUGCGAGAGGCCACGCAGGGCGGGUUCAUGAACGACGGCCAGCGACCGAACAAGCGGCUCCGGCAGAUGUAACGUGUAACUCCAAAUCUAUGUCCGUGUGUGUGUGUGCGCGUCCCAGAGACUACAGUGACAACAGUAUGAUAUAAAUCUAGCUAAUUGUAUUUACUAAGUACAUGAAAUAAGUAUAAGCUAAUGUCUUUUGACAGGUAAUAAAUGUAAUUACUAAC